AGCUUCUCCUAUGUAACCAGAGUGGAGAUGUACCCUAUCCUGUCCUUCCUUGCUUGCAAAAUACCAUUUUAAUUGCAGAAUUCAUAGGCUAUCUGUCUCCUUGGCUUUGUAAUUGCACUGUGACUCAGUUGACUUUCUGAUCAAGCGGUAUUGGUUACUUUUAAACGAGCAAAUGGGUCGAAGCAAGUCGCAAGCAAAGUCUUCAGUUAAGCAGCCCGAGGAGCCUUCUCCAACGGAGCCGAUCAGUGUUGGUAACCUUUAUGAAGGAGGUGCACUAAAGCAGACUCUGGAUGAGGUGGCUCGCGAGGCUGUCCUUGAUGCUGGCUAUGAGGAGGAUAUCCGGAUCAGCAACAUCAAGAUUUUGCUGGGGUUAGCCGCGAUUGGGUGUGCGCUCUACGCACAGUUUGGUCCAGGAAAGUUCCCCGCCAACUGGUGGGCGGUCUUCGGUUGCGUGGUCGCCUACCUGGUCCUCACCAUCGCUAUGAACAUCUACAGCUGGAGGAUGGAGGCCGAUGCAUUCCUAGUAACACGACCCUUCCGUGGCAGCAAGGGGCUGCGUGUGGCCUCCCGCAUGGACCGCUUCUCAGACGCCUACUCGCUGGUCAUCACGGACCGAGCAGACCCCCAACUUGAGGUGACGUCCGCCAUCCGCAUCCCCGACUACUUCCACGAGGACGGCUACCUGGCGGUGGAGGCCUGGCGGAGGGAGGUGGAGAAGCUGUGUACGGAAUACAGCAUAAAGCACGGGGCCAAGGGGGCUAAGAAGAGCAACUGACUGGUUCAGGAGUGCGCUGACUCGGGGAUGGGUGCUGGCAGGAGUAGCCUCCGCUGCCGGGAAUGAAGUGGGGGGUGGUAGCUCCCUGCGGGUCGUGGUGGCAGUGGUAACGGGAAGGUGAACUUGAGUGAGGGGCUGAUGCUGCUCUUGAUGACCGAUGACCAGUUACAAAGAGGCACGUGGCACGUGCCGUUGGCGAUUGGGGUGGGUCGUAUGGCUGCUGUGCUGGUGUGGACUGACGGUUCGGGAGAUAGGUACACCACAUGCA